AUGGCCUGCAAUGGGCUGCAUCCACGCGUAGGCAUUUUUGCCAUCAUCAGCGACGAGCAAGGCCGCGUCCUAUUGGGCCAGCGGCUCAGCCCUUUAGGCAGAGGGUAUUCGGGCUUUCCAGGCGGGCACCUCGAACAGGGCGAGGACUUCUUCGCCUGCGUCGAGCGCGAGACCUUGGAAGAGACGGGCCUCGUGAUCCGGGGUCUGAAGAUCGUCGGAUUGACCAACGACAAGUUCCCGGAGUCGGGCAAUCACUAUGUUACGGUUUUCAUAAAGUGCGAGCGGAAGGACUCGACGCUGCAACCACAGAGGUUGGAGCCCGAGAAGUGCGAGGGUUGGAGCUGGAAGAGCUGGCAGGAGGUCAAGGCGAUGGCAAAUGAAGACACUGGGCCCGACAAGCUGUUUUUACCGGUUCAAAAUCUGGUGCGAGAGAACCCACAGAUUGAUAGGCUGGUACAGUCUGAGUAG